CUCGCUGCUAACGAGUCUGCAGCCGGGCUCAGCGGAUCAGCUCCCCGGGCUCUUGGUCACCCGAAAAGCCGCCGCCGAGUGAAGCCAGGGAGCCGCUCUCCGGCAGCGCCGACUUUCUUGUUCUCCCCGCGCCUCCCGGAAAGAGCUCCCCGGGGCUCGGCGGAGGCCGGGGUUGCCGCGGGCGGAGGGGGAGGGGACGCGGGGCGGCCGGGCCGCGGGAAGGCGGGCAGCGCGCGGACGCCGGGCCAGGAAGCGGCGCGAUGCGAGAGACCGCGGCGGCGGUGGCGGCGGCGCGGCACUGAGCCCAGGAGGAAGGAGCCACCGCGGCCUCAGCGCGAGCAGCCGGCGCGGGGACAGCCGGUCGCACAACGGAUCUGCAGGCGCGGAGCAAAAUGCACCCGCCGCGCCGCGCGGUCCUGCAGCCCCGCCACGGCCCCGCGGCCCGCACCCCCCCGGGGCGACAGUAAGCCUCUCCCGCCACCACCGGGGGCCGAGCGGAGGGCUCUCGGGUGGGAGAGCGGGACCAGAUCUCGGCAGCUGUUCAUUUUCAGGAAGCCACCGCAGCCGGAGCGAAAGGGGACCUUCUGCCACCAGCGGGGCAUCAGCCAGCGGCGCGCAUGGAUUUAUGAAGACACUCAUGCAAGAAGUGGGCAGGACUUGGACAAACUUUUCCACCGGCUCCGCGUCCGCCGUUCCCCGCGCUUCGUCUCCUUUCCCCUCCUCUCCCGGCCGCCGCCGCUGCCCGCGAUGGUGGCCGCGCUGCUGGGCGGCGGCGGCGAGGCCCGCUGGGGGACCGUGCCGGGAGCCUGGCUGUGCCUGAUGGCGCUGCUGCAGCUGCUGGGCUCGGCGCCCCGGGGCUCGGGGCUGGCGCACGGCCGCCGCCUCAUCUGCUGGCAGGCGCUGCUGCAGUGCCAGGGGGAGCCGGAGUGCAGCUACGCCUACAACCAGUACGCCGAGGCGUGCGCGCCGGUGCUGGCGCAGCACGGAGGGGGUGACGCGCCCGGGGCCGCUGCCGCCGCUUUCCCGGCCUCGGCCGCCUCCUUCUCGUCGCGCUGGCGCUGCCCGAGCCACUGCAUCUCGGCCCUCAUUCAGCUCAACCACACGCGCCGCGGGCCCGCCCUGGAGAACUGUGACUGCGCGCAGGACGAGAACUGCAAGUCCACCAAGCGCGCCAUUGAGCCGUGCCUGCCCCGGACGAGCGGCGGCGGCGCGGGCGGCCCCGGCGCGGGCGGGGUCAUGGGCUGCACCGAGGCCCGGCGGCGCUGCGACCGCGACAGCCGCUGCAACCUGGCGCUGAGCCGCUACCUGACCUACUGCGGCAAGGUCUUCAACGGGCUGCGCUGCACGGACGAAUGCCGCACCGUCAUUGAGGACAUGCUGGCUAUGCCCAAGGCGGCGCUGCUCAACGACUGCGUGUGCGACGGCCUCGAGCGGCCCAUCUGCGAGUCGGUCAAGGAGAACAUGGCCCGCCUGUGCUUCGGCGCCGAGCUGGGCAACGGCCCCGGCAGCAGCGGCUCGGACGGGGGCCUGGACGACUACUACGAUGAGGACUACGAUGACGAGCAGCGCCCCGGGGGCGCGGGUGGUGAGCAGCCGCUGGACGACGACGACGGCGUCCUGCACCCACCGCGCCCGGGCAGCGGCGCUGCUGCAGCUGGCGGCCGCGGGGACCUCCCCUAUGGGCCGGGGCGCAGGAGCAGCGGCGGCGGCGGCCGCUCGGCGCCCCGGGGCGCCUGGACCCCACUCGCCUCCAUCUUGCUGCUGCUGCUGCUUGGGCCGCUCUUUUAGCCCUCGCGCCGCUCGCCGUUGGCUGCGGGAGAGCCCGCGUCCCACUCCCGUGCUCGCCUCGCCCCCGCGCCGGGCACCUGUGGCUUGGGACAGAUAGAGGGAAUGGUUGGGGAUACUUCCCAAAACUUUUUCCAAGUCAACUUGGUGUAGCCGGUUCCCCGGCCACGACUCUGGGCACUUCCCCUGAAGCUCCUCUCCGGAGCUUGACUUCUUGGACCUCCUCCCCCGCCCCAAUUCCAAGCUCCAGAAACUCCCAACUCGUCUGCCGUCCAGAAACCUAGCUGCAGUGUUCAGGACGUCCGGGAGGAAGCGGGCGUGUGGGGGACAGAACAGUAGUCCUGGACUCGAAAGGGAAGGUGCUGACCAGUGGGGCCUUAGCAAUUUGAAGGGAUGGGAAGGAGAAAUUAUAUUUGCAAAGGGGCUGUCUAUUAGCAUAUUUCCUUUGAGGGGGGAAAAAAAGUGCCAGUAUCGACUUUUAUAGAUUGUGGCCAGUGAGGAUAUUACAAUCCUAUGUAAACAGAAAAGUCCCACUUACCGAUUCAUUCUUUCACUGUUUGUAUCAACGCCCAGAAUUCUCAGUGACGUGGGGGUGAGGGUGGGUGGCGAUUGCCUUAGAGGGAACCCCUAAGUUGGUUUUGGAUACGUUUGAGCCUUUGACCUUGCUACCACUCUGAUCUCUUAGCACAUUUCUUAGGAUUAAGGGUCCAAAAGUGCUGAUCUAAGGGGUUGCCAUGGUAUUGAACAAUGCAACUUUUUAUUUAAAAAAGCUCUGCACUGCCAUGUAUGAAAGUCUCUUUAUGAUGUUUGUUUUUUUGUCAUUUUUGUUCUUUACAUCAAGAAAUUUUAUGUUUAAAUAUGCGGAGAAUGUAUAUUGCCUCUGCUCCUAUCAGGGUUGCUAAACCCUGGUACAUCGUAUAUAAAAUGUAUUAAAACUGGGGUUUGUUACCAGUUGCUGUACUUUGUAUAUAGAAUUUUUAUAAAUUGUAUGCUUCAGAAAUAAUUUAUUUUUAAAAAGAAAUUAAAAGUUUUAAACUCACAUCCAUAUUACACCUUUCCCCCCUGAAAUGUAUAGAAUCCAUUUGUCACCAGGAAUCAAAACCCACAGUCCAUUGUGAAGUGUGCUAUAUUGAGAACAGUCUUAAAAUGUACAGUGUAUUUUAUAGAAUUGAAGUUAACAUUCUUAUUUUCAAGAGAAUUUAUGGACGUUGUAGAAAUGUACAAAUGCAUUUCCAAACUGCCUUAAACGCUGUAUUUUUAUAGACAUGUUUUUUAAAAAUCCUAAGUUUUUAAAUAACUAUGGAUUUGUGUAUUUUUCUGGUUAUUUGUUUUAUUAAAACAUGUACAUCAGUAAAGAGUUUUAAACAAUGAA